GGCGUCAGUUGGUAUUUUCCAGUCGUAGCUCAUGUUGCAAGCCACUUCCAAGGCCAAGGCCGCGAUCUCGCGCGCCCUGAAGACCACUGGCGCCCGCGCCGCCUCCACGAAGGGCGGCUACACCAUCGUCGACCACGAGUUCGACGCGGUCGUCGUCGGCGCGGGUGGCGCCGGCCUCCGCGCGGCCAUGGGCUGCGCCGAAGCUGGCCUCAAGACGGCGUGCAUCACCAAGCUCUUCCCGACCCGCUCGCAUACGGUCGCUGCGCAGGGUGGCAUCAACGCUGCGCUCGCCAACAUGACGGAAGACGACUGGCGGUGGCACAUGUACGACACGGUCAAGGGCUCGGAUUGGCUCGGUGACCAGGAUGCUAUCCACUACAUGUGCAAGGAAGCGCCCCGUGCUGUCCUCGAACUCGAGGCCUACGGUCUCCCGUUCUCGCGCACGGACGACGGCAAGAUCUACCAGCGCGCCUUCGGCGGUCAGUCGCUCGACUUCGGCAAGGGUGGCCAGGCCUACCGUUGCGCGUGCGCCGCCGAUCGUACCGGCCACGCCAUGUUGCACACGCUCUACGGCCGCUCGUUGGCGUUCGAUACGUCGUACUUCAUUGAGUACUUCGCCUUGGACCUCAUCAUGAACGACGCCGGCGAGUGCUGCGGUGUCAUUGCCAUGAACAUGGAAGACGGCAGCAUCCACCGCUUCCACACCAACAACACGGUGCUGGCCACGGGUGGUUACGGUCGUGCGUACUUCUCGUGCACGUCGGCGCACACGUGCACGGGUGAUGGUACCGGUAUGGCGAUCCGCGCCGGUAUCCCGCUCCAGGACCCCGAGUUUGUCCAGUUCCACCCCACGGGUAUCUACGGCGCUGGCUGCUUGAUCACGGAGGGCUCGCGUGGUGAGGGCGGUAUCCUCCGCAACUCGGAGGGUGAGCGCUUCAUGGAGCGUUACGCUCCGAGCGCCAAGGACUUGGCCUCGCGUGAUGUCGUCUCGCGUGCCAUGACGAUGGAGAUUCGCGAAGGCCGUGGUGUCGGCAAGGAGAAGGACCACAUCUACCUCCACCUUGACCACCUUCCGGCUGAGCUCCUCGCCGAGCGUCUUCCUGGUAUCUCGGAGACGGCGGCCAUCUUCGCCGGCGUCGACGUCACGAAGGAGCCGAUCCCGGUCCUUCCGACGGUGCACUACAACAUGGGCGGUAUCCCGACCAACCACUUUGGUGAAGUCGUCGUCCCGGACACGACGGGCCUUCCGGACGCCAACCAGAUGUACCCCGACAAGGUCGUCAAGGGUCUCUUUGCCGCCGGCGAAGCCGCCUGCGCGUCGGUCCACGGUGCCAACCGCCUCGGUGCCAACUCGCUCCUCGAUAUCGUCGUGUUUGGCCGCGCCUGCGCCCUUCGCAUUGCCGAGAUCUCGAAGCCCGGUGAGGCCAAGCGCCCGAUGCCGUCGAACGCUGGCGACGCCUCGCUCUCGAUGGUCGACUCGCUCCGCUACGCCAACGGCGCGAUCCCGACGGCCGACCUCCGCCUCGAGAUGCAGAAGACGAUGCAGAACGACGCUGCUGUCUACCGCACGCAAGAGACGCUCGCGGAGGGUGUCGAGAAGAUCGACAAGAUCGUGCCCAAGUUCAAGGACAUCAAGGUCACGGACCGCUCGCUCAUCUGGAACACGGAUCUCAUCGAGACGAUUGAGCUCAAGAACUUGCUCGCGUGCGCGUCGGCCACCAUGCACGGUGCCGAGGCCCGCAAGGAGUCGCGCGGCGCCCACGCCCGCGAGGACUUCUCGACGCGCGACGACGUCAACUGGAUGAAGCACACGCUCGCGUACCACAACACGGAGGAAGGCACGACGCACAUUGCGUACCGGCCGGUGCACUACCACACGCUCGAUGAGGAAGAGUGCAAGACGGUCGCCCCGGUCGCCCGCGUCUACUAAGUCGUUUACACUUCCUACUAAUCGAUACUUUUCUUGUGCA